AUGAAAGCAGGCCAAAUGAGGUUAUUGAAUUCCCCGAGCAGGCACCACAAUCGCGUCCUUUUAUCCACGAGCACCCCUUUUUCUGAUACGGUGAUGCGUUCUCUACUCCGUGACCCCGAUAUCGAGCUUCGUUUGAUUGCGGAUAGGGACCUAGAUGAUACAGUUUGCAGUGUGGAAAACCUUUUGUAUUACCCGGAUGUCCCGCAAGCCGAAACAUAUCGAAAUAGGAGAGAAUGGAUGAACAUUACAGCGGCGAGCCUUGCUGACUGGGCAGACGUCUUUAUUGUUGCCCCGGCGGAUGCUGGAACGCUUGGUGCUAUGGUCUCGGGCUUAACUUCAAGCCUGACCCUGACUAUUCUCCGUGGAUGGGACGUAUCCAAAACCAUUUUGUUAGUGCCUAAAAUGAUGCAGCUCGAAUGGAAGUCUCCCAUCACAGGAAGACAACUGGAUGAGAUCCGUACCUUCUGGCCGUGGGCUAAAAUCCUUCCUCCUGUCUUGUCAAGGUUCGAACCGCCUGAGACGCUGGUAGAAAUGCCGUGGGAAGGACGGGAGAUGUUUUAUGAGGAGAUUAGAAAGGGGCUUGGGUGGCCGUUCAAUGUAAGCGGAAUUGAGGGCAGCAUUGGCAUUGGAAAUGGAGCAGUAAUGCCGGGCAUUAUCGAUACACAGUCUUGCGAUGUUGGACAAAGUACUCCCGAAAUACCUGACGAUCGCUCCGAAAGUACAACCCUAAGGAAUAGUACUCCCGGCAGAGAUCCCCAUGGCCCUGUCCUUCCGCCGGAGCUCUUGACGAUGGUGUUUGAGGCGUUGAAUGACUGGGAAACGGCGGCAGCGGUUGGAGUGUAUUCAAAAAUUCCAAUGCCGGAGCAUUGGAAGCCCUUCGUUCCGAAAUCUGAUUGCCCAACUGCGCCCGUCUCGCUUGAACACACGAUCCUUCGAAAACCAUUGCACGAAAUCACACAACUAAUAUCGGCUGCUCCUCCCUGGAAACCCCUUUCCAAUCUCGCAGCCCACUUAAUCUUCAAGUUCUCCCGAACUGACAUCCUUGACUAUAUCUGUCAAUCCAGAAUUGACCUGUAUUGGUCAACGCCGCGGCUAUCAAGCCUUCCACUUCGUGUGUCUGCGGUUUACGGUAACACAGCUCUUCUAGAGUGGUGGCGAAACUGCCCCGAAUUGCCGACGAAUGAUUACCUUCCUGAUGCGCUCGAUGGAGCGUCCCGUGCCGGGUUCGUGCAUGUCCUAGAAUGGUGGCGUAAUUCCGGACUACCCCUUCGGUACAGCGAGCGAGCUCUCGAGUCUGCCUCUGCUGAAGGCCAUAUCGCUGUUCUGGACUGGUGGAAGCGCGCCUCUGAGGCGUCGGCUUACUUUGACCCCGUCCCACUCAAAAUCGGAAAAUCAGUUCUACUUGCAGCGCAGUCUGGUAAGACAGCGUCACUUGUAUGGUGGGACGAAUCAGGCAUCCCCUAUUCGCAUGGUGAAUCCGUCGCUCGCAUUGCAAGUACACAUGGCCAUGUUCCGGUAUUGGAACUCUGGUAUAGACUGAAGGGGUCGAAGAUCAUUUUUGACAACCAAGUGCUUGUUGGAGCGACGAAGAAUGGACAUGUUGACGUGCUCGAGUGGUGGCGUCGGAGUGGCUUGCGCGUCGAGUUCAAAACCUGCGAUAUUGAAGAGGCGCUGGAAGACGCCGUGUCGGGUGCAGAGGAACGAGUUCGUCGCUGGUGGGAGCGAAAUGGAUUGAAUCUAGGCGUGGGAACGAGCGAAUGGAUGGAGGUGAAGGUCUUGUGA